AGAAGAAGAAGAAGAAGAAGAAGAAGAAGAAGAAGAAGAAGAAGAAGAAGAAGAAGAAGAAGAGGCAGCAGCAGCAGCAGAAGAAGAAGCUAACUUCAAAACAAUACGUCGUGGAGCACACAGUCAGUAGAAAUGGUUCCAUCAAAUCUUGGCGAAGAAAUGUCUACGGAAGUAGCGUUACCACCUGAGUGGGAGGACGAUGAACGGAUGAAUUUCCUGUUCUCUGACUUUAAAGAAAACCGAGAUGUCAGCACAACAGAUUGGGACAGUAAAAUGGAUUUCUGGACAUCACUCAUUCUUAAAAUCUGCAGGAGUCGCGGAACCGUCUGUGUUAAUUUGCAGGAGCUGAACAACAUUUUUCAGAGAAAAGGAGUUAUGCCUUUGGGUUUGGCUACUGUCAUUCAGUGCAUGGCCAGGUGUGGCAAGAUACAAAGGGAGUCAGAGUUUGCCACAAAUGUAGACUGUGGGUGGGUGUCUUGGGGUGUUGGCCUGUUGUUGGUGAAGCCUUUAAAAUGGACCUUUUCAACUCUUAUUGGUAGCAGUGGGGUUACUUUGAAGGAGUUGUUUGUUGUCAUCGAACUGGUAAAGGAGAAGGCAGCAGAAUUGCUUGGUGUCUACCGGAGCUCCCCAGUGGCCAACCACUCUCUCCUGUCCUUCCAGGAGCUCCGUACACUGUCGUCCCAUGUCUGUGUUGACGAGAGUACCUUGUGUAUGGCUCUGCUACAGCUGCAGAGGGAGAAGCAGGUGACAGUAUCACUGCAUGGGGGUGAGAAGAUUGUGAAGUUUUCUCAGCCAGGACAGAAUCAUGUGUCUCCUGUCAGUGAUGUAGACCUAGGCAUCUACCAGCUCCAGCGCAGUGAGAGACUGCUUGAAGAGAGGGUGGAGGUAUUGGGACUAGAGGCAGAGAAGUACAAAGAAGAAGCUAGGGUGUUGCUGCGGGAAGGGAAGAAAUCUCAGGCUCUAAGGUGUUUGAGAAGCCGAAAGAGAGUCGAGAAGAAAGCAGACCACUUAUAUGCCCAGCUGGAAAAUGUGAAGGGAAUCCUAGACAAGAUAGCAAACUCACAGACUGACAAACUAGUGAUACAGGCAUAUCAGGCUGGAGUGUCAGCCCUGCGACUCUCUUUGAAGGAUGUGACAGUAGAAGGAGCUGAGAGCCUUGUGGAUCAAAUCCAAGAGUUGUGUGACACUCAGGAUGAAGUGAACCAAAUUCUGGCUGGUGGAGCACUCAACUCAACGGAUGCAGACACAGACGGACUGGAGGAUGAGCUAAGAUUUUUAUUGGAGAACUCUAGUCUGGAGGAGCCUUCUACGCUACCUGAAGUACCGUCACACCCUCUUUCACCUGUCAGGGAAUCUGGUUCCCUUUGUGAUGAUCUGCUGAGCGCUUUGCCCUCAGUCCCUCAAAACCACUUCAAUAUAACAGGUGAUGAACUGGACAAAGCGCGUAGUUGCGUAACGCUUGCAGAUACAGGUCUUCAACAAAAAUAUCGUACCUCUCCAGUGAAGAGGGCUGAGCCUGCACAGUGAAAACAGUAAUAAAAUAAGUCAACUGCACUAACGAUCCCUGACCCUCAAAAUGUGUCUGGGCAUGGUGAUCAAAAAAUAAUGGCAUGAUAUGUCUUUUGUAACAUAGGUCUGUGAUCACUUUUUUUUUAAAGGGGGUAGAUCAGCUUUAAUAUUGCAGAUUGUAGCUUCCAUCAACGUAAUUGUCAGCAUCUCUUUCAAUCCGCCAUAUAUUUUUUUGUGUUUUUGAAAGCAAAAAAUAAAUUACUGUCCCUAUAAAAUAACAUCAAAUUGAUCAGAAAUAUAGUGUAGACAUUGUUAAUGGUCUAAAUGACUAUUGAAGCUGGAAACGGCAGAUUUCUUUUUUUAAAUGGAAUAUCUAGAGCCCCAUUAUCAGC